AACGAUAAUACGAGCAUAGUUAUCUGCCUAACGCCAUGCAUUAGUGCAAAGAAUAGGACUGUGCCACCUAAAAACACGCUCGGCUGAGAACAAUGUAAAGUGUUCACAUCAGAUGAAAUAAUUUGUACUGGGCCCUAUUGCUGCUGGAUCCCAGACUUAUCAACGAUGGAGAAAUGUCACAUCAUUUGUUUGAUGUUUUGUGUAUUUAUCAGUGUCCAAGGCUUCCGUGACACGGUUCCGCUGGUUAAUAUGGAAGAUCACUGUGACGAGCAUUUCUUCGUUGAUCCCUCCCUAAGGUUGCGCGCCAGCCGUGGGAAUGUGCUGAACUCCAUGCCACGUUGUCCUCUGUUCCUUAUGUCAAAUACGGCUCACGCUCGUCUGAUGGUACUGGUCAGACACGUCGACCUUCCUUGUAACGGCGCCAUACUUCAGGCCUUUGACAGUCUCGAUACCAACCCAACACAACAACUGCAUGGGACAGGGAAUGGUUUGUGUGGCUCCCUCAACAACACCAUCCCGUACACAUCACACGACGAGGCGGUGACGCUCAUGCUCACUACAUAUACUAGAGUUCCGGGCGCAGUGGAUAUACUAGUCACUUCUUUCUCAGAAAAACAUGCAUGCACGACCGACAUGUUCCAGUGCGGUAACAACCGCUGUGUGGACCAGAGACUGUGCUGUGACGGUGACGACAGUUGUGGGGACCAAUCCGACGAGGAACAGUGUAACGGGACGGGCGUAAUGAUGACGUCAUCAACCACACUCCUCAUCAGUCUGGUCGCAAUCGGCAUAUCAAAAUUAUUACCAAGUUGUAUUUUGGAAGGGUGAAAUUUAGUAGGAUCUUUCUUCAACUUCCAACACAUGAGAUACAGACCCGGCAUCCUAACCGUGGUCAUCCGUAUAUGGCGAGGAUAGGUACAGUGUAUAACGACAUGUACAGGAUCUACAUGAUGCGGGACGAUAUUGCUAGAGGUUUUUUCCGAAAUACUGAUAAUCUUGAAAUUGUAUUGAUAUUCGUGUACGUACUGUUUGUAUGUUCUACUAUUGAAUAGAUAUCCUUAGUUCCGCUUUUUAUAUAUUUGUAUAGCGCAAAUGGACUGUUUAUAUAUAUAUAUAUAUGUGUGUGUGGUCGUAAGGGGAUUACAGGGGAGGAUAGCGCACUCCCCUUCCACAAAGAUCGGACGUAAAACAAGUACGGGGUCACCUGCCCAAAAACGUGGGUUUUCGCCGGGAACUCCGGUUUUUCGUAUCUUCUGUGUGCUACCAUACGGGCCAACAAGAGUGAUAAUUUUUGUAAAAUAAAAUUACAUAUAUAUAUAUGUGAAUAAAU